AUGGGUGUGGGGCCCUUAUCCCCCAUGCAUGCGCCCGCGCUGCAGUACCUGCAGGUGAGGGCGGCGGGGUCGCCCGCGGUGGUGCUGUUCCUCACGGCGCAGGGCGUCUUCCGCGGUCUCAAGGACACCCGCACGCCCCUCGCUGCCUCCGUGAGCGGCAACGUGGUGAACAUCCUGCUGGACCCGCUGCUCAUCUUCUCCUGCGGGCUGGGCGUGUCCGGCGCUGCAGCGGCCACGGUGGCAGCACAGUACGGCAUGGCGGGGUGGCUGCUGCUGCGACUGAGUGCCACAGUGCACCUCAUCCCGCCCUCGCUCUCCCUCCUCUCCUUCCACCGCUUCUUCACGUCCGGCGGGCUGCUACUGGGGCGAACGGUGGCGCUGUUGGGGGCGAUGGCGGUGGGGACGAGCAUGGCGGCGAGGCAGGGGGCGGUGCCCAUGGCGGCACACCAGCUCGCUCUGCAGCUCUGCCUCGCCGCCUCCCUGCUCUCUGACUCCGUUGCCCUCGCUGCUCAGACCCUAUUGGCAUCAGCCUUUGCACGCAACGACACGGUCAUGGUGCGAGCCAUCAUGCUGCGAUCGCUGCAGAUAGGGCUGGGCAUGGGGGCGGUGAUGGGGGUGGUGCUCUCGCUGUCAGCGCAGCUGCUGCCAGCGCUCUUCACCUCGGAUGACCGUGUGCUGCUGCAGGCGGUCGCCCUCAUGCCGUUCGCAGCGGCGAUGCAGCCCCUGGCGAGCAUGGCGUUUGUGUUUGACGGGCUGCACUACGGCGCCACCGACUUCGCCUUCGCUGCCCUCGCCAUGAUGGCGCUGGCGCCAGCAGCAGCAGCAGUGCUGGUGUAUGCACCGAGCGAGUGGGGCGUGGAGGGUGUGUGGAUCGGCCUCUCUCUCCUCAUGGCUGCCCGCAUGUUUGCCGGCUUCCUCAGUGAGCUCGGAUUGUUCGGGUCGGAGGUAUCUGGGAUGGCGGAGGCGGGAAGUGCCACCGCGCGAUCGCCGGCGGAAGAGGCGGGAGUGGAGUCCGACAUGGCGCGACUCGCGGUGGCGGAUGCGACAGACGGGAAGCCCGCAGGCGGCGGUGCUGACGUGGACGAGUUGGAUGACGUGGAGCAAACAGAGGUGGUUCUGUUCCACCUCAAGGAGUGCUACGUGUACAAGGUGCGCACCGUCACCCAUCCUCCUUCCCGCUUCCGCGCAUUUCUGAUUCGUGCAGUGGCUAUGCGCUCAGGCGAGUCGCGAGCAUGCGGCACCGCAUGGCGUAAUGUCAUCACCUUCAUUCUCCUUUCCCCUGUCCCGUCUCCCCUCCCUGCCCUCCCGUCCCCUUCCCUCGCGCUCCCCGCGGGUGCUGAUCCCCCAUUGCCACGAGGCGGCACCAGAUUCCCCCACGCAAGACAGCAGCGUCGUACAGGUGCGCGCACCCUCCCUCACUCCCCUCCCUCCCCUCACUCCCACUCCCCGCACCCUCCUCGUUCCCCUCACUCCCAGGCGGACGAGUGGGACAUAAACAGGUGGGCGUGGGAGGGCGCCAUCAGCGUGGUGUCACGAGGCGACCACUGCAGCAUCCGCCUGCUGGACGCCGCCUCAGGGGACCUCUUCGCGCACGCGCCCGUGCGGCCCAACCACCCGCUGCCCCUGGAGGCCGUCAUCGACAGCAGCCGCUUCUUCGUGCUGCGCAUCGAAGACUCCUCCCCGCCCCCUCCCUCUACUGCCUCUGCAGCCUCUGCCUCCUCUGCUUCCUCUAGCAAGGCUGGGAAGCCCGCUGCGGCGGCGGCACCGGUGGUGAGGCAUGCGUUCAUAGGGUUGGGGUUCCGGGAGCGCACGGCGGCGUAUGACUUCCAGGCGGCGGUGUACGACCAUGUCAAGUACGUGCACAAGCAGCAGGAGGCGCGCCGCAUGGGACAGGCGUUUGAGUCGCGGCCUGCUGCGGACUACCGCCUCAAGGAGGGGCAGAAGCUGCACCUCGACAUCAAAACGCCGGCACGGGCGAAGCCAAGCACAGCAGGGCUGCCGCUGUCGCCCACCACGCCGGGCAACGUGGCCUUCAAGUCGCCCUCCCUCACAGGCCCUGCCCCUGACGCCUCUGCUCCCAUGCGCCAAGCCUCAGGGGACCAUGCCGCUGCUGACUCCUCCCCACCGCAUGCAACCGCAGCUGCUACCACCGCAGGCGCCUCCCCCCCCAUCCUCCCUCCCCCUCCCCCGGCGCGCCUCUCCUCGCCUCCUUCCGCGUCGCCCUCCUCCCCUCCCUCCACGUCCUUCUCUGUGCGCUCCUUCCCCCCAGCAGCCCCCUCGCCCUCCAUCGCAUGGGCGUUCCAAUCCGACGACCCGCCUGCCUCUGUCACCUCCGCGCCCCAGUCCGUCAUGCCUGCAACCUCUGGAGGCAGUGAGGGCGCUGGCAGUGCAGCAGCAGCGGGGGAGGACACAGAUGACUUUGGGGAGUUCGUUGCUGCGUGA